GAAUAAAUGGACCCUGAAUCCGCUUCAAUCGCAAACAACAAUUCAAAGAAAAUAUAUCUACAAUAAAGCAAUAUAUCAAAAUGCAUUACCAAUUCAUCCUCAUCAGCACCCUCACCACCAUCGCCUUCGCGGCCCCUGCUCCCCCGAACUUCCGCUCAACAAAUACGACAACAACCACCACUACCACCACCACCACAACCCUGAACAAACCUACUACACACAUCGGAACUCCUAAAUUCGCACACAUCCCUAUCUCCAUCCCUGAUCAGCGCCCCCCACAUCAAUUCAACCCGAACCUCCAUCCAGUUUACACCCCAAUUGCCCGUCCCGGUGCCAGCACUGAGCCCGGCCGCAACCCAUUAUUUUCGCGCAGUCAGCGCGAGGACAAGAUCAAGCGUGACGACAUCAAGGUCCCAGCGCUUGCCGCGGUAGUGCGCGGUGUCGCGGAGGGUCUCCAAAAACAGCAACAGCAGCAGGAGCAUCAGAAUGCCCGACGUGCCGAGCAUCUCCCGGAUCACCUCCUUCCUGAUAAUAUUCAAACCAGCUACCACCCCACUGGCUGGCUAGCUGAUCCGGAGGAAGUGCUUAACAGCCGCGCGGUGGACAAUGAGAUCUAUGACUCGGAGGACGCUCUUGAUGCGCUUGAGUAUCCUCUUCAGCGGAAGGAGCAGCGCGGGGUGGAUGUGGGUGCGGGUCUUUCCGCGGCUUAUAAAAAUCUUGUUACGGGGGGUAAGAGGGGGGUUGAUGCUAGAGGGCUUCCUUUGCAGCAGAGGGGGGUUGACGAGGUUGAUGAUGAUGAUGAUGAUGAUGAUGAUGAUGAGGAUGAGGAUGAGGAUGAGGAUGAGGAAUACAAUACCGUUGGGGAUGGGCAGAUGAGUGGCAAUGUGCGGCGCGAUUAUGGCUAUGAUGGUGAGGUACAGGAUUAUUGAAGUUAUGGGCCAAGUGAUGCAGAACACGCAGUAAGGCAGUUUCGGAUCAUGACUAGUCGGUGACUAGGUCAACACGAUAUGGAUGAAUUAUGGUGUUACAGGCGAUAUGGAGUUCAGGUUGGGUUUCUGUACUAGGAUUAGCGCUUUUCUUUUUGUUUGCAUUGGGUUAAACUGAAUUAACGAGUACUC